AUUCAUUUAUAGGCUAGGUUAGAAAUGUGCGAUUUUACGGAAUUUUUGAGUUUAGUGUCGGUUUGUUUUCCGAGAAAAGGGAGGGGCGUCAGGGAUCUUCAUCGAGGGGAAUUGCGAAUUUUAAAUUGAGCUGAGGUUGCAGUAGUUCUUUUCUUCCUGCUCGAUGAAAGGAAACAGUACAACCAGGGUGAAUGUUUAAAUGUACAGAAGAGGCUCUAAUUUUUCUCUCAAACCUUUAGCUGCUGAGUAUUUUUGGCUUGGAUUAUCUCUAUGCCUGGCAACGAAGUUGGAGACAGGAUCCAUAAUUUCCUUGGACAAGAGGGUUUGUCCCAAGGCCAGCAUCAUUCGCCGUUCCUUGACUCUGCCUGGCCUGGGUUAUGUAACAAUCUAUGGGUUGGAGGCCAGAGACAAGUUGGUGGACCUCUUGUUUCCAGUUUGAAGAAUUUUAGUAGACAUCAAUUGGCUGAGUCUGACAGAGGACAUAGUGGUCAGUCUUCUAGUCAGCAGCAGGACAUGAACUUCACUCACUCAGGUUUGAGCCCUGAGAUAGCUAGAAGUCAAUUACAAAACCAAUCACCAAAUGGAAAUGACUAUUUUCUAGGGCAUCAGGCUCUUCAGGCAAGGCAGAAUGAAACAAACUUUUUGGGAGUGGAUGCAACAUCUAGAUGCUUAUCACCUCUUGAUUCACAGAUGGGAAAUGGUCCUGAUCUUCAUAAGAAAAAUUCCCCAAGAUUGGAAUCUACUGAAUCCCCUGUAAAUUGAUUUUUUGGAGGGCAACAGCAAAUUAGUGCACAGCAUUCUGGCAUGAUCCAGCCUUUUUCCAGGCAGCAAUCAGGGAUGAAUGACAUGCAGCUAUUACAGCAACAACAACAUGCUAUGCUUAAGCAAAUGCAUGAAUUACAGAGGCAACAACUCCUGAAGCAACAGUUUCAGCUACCAGAUGCAAGUCAGUUGAGUUCCACAAGUCAGGUUUCCUCUACUGUAAAACAGGGAUUGGGUAGCCUUUCACCAGCUCCAAUCAAUGGCUUUCCUCUCCAUGAUGCUUCAAAUUAUUCUUGGCAGCCUGAGCACAUGACACCAAAUGCAAAUUGGCUGCAGCAUGGUGCAUCUCCUGCCAUGCAUGUAUCCUCUGGAGGAUUUACUUUUUCCCCUGAGCAAGGGAAGGUGUCUUUGAUGGGUUUGGUUCCUCAACAGGUUGAUCAAUCAUUUUAUGGUAUCUCAACCAGUGGUGCAAGAGGAAACCCAUAUCACCAUUCUUCUGUCCAAAUGGAUAAACCUUCAAUGCAGCAGGUACCAGCCAGCAGUAAUUCUUUUCCAGGUAAUCAGUAUGCCGUAUUUACAGAUCAAGUUGGCUUGCAAGAUGGAACUUUGGUUUCUAGACAGGGUGAUCAGGGUAAAAAAGUGUUUGGGGCUGCAGAUACUGGAUUUCAUUCAGAAAAAUUACAGGAAAAGACUAUCCAGCCCAAAAACAUGGCGAUGCAGGAGUCUUGUGGAAGGCAAGAACUUCCUAGUACAUCAGAAAUAUCCCUGGACAAGUCAACAAUUCAGGCUGCCCCCUCACAGAGUGUGGCCACGCUAGAUGAAACUGAAGAAAAGAUUUUGUUUGGUUCAGAUGAUAGUGUGUGGGAUAUCUUUGGAAGGAGCACCAACAUGGGCUCAUUGUUGGAUGGUGCGGACUCUUUUGGGGCAUUGCCUUCUUUGCAAAGUGGCAGUUGGAGUGCACUUAUGCAGUCUGCUGUGGCAGAAACAUCUAGUAAUGAUUUAGGGGUACAGGACCAGUGGGGUGGUUUAGGUGUGCAGAAUAGUGAACCUCCAAGUGGGAAUAUGCCAUCACAAAGUGUCAAUGAUGACGGCAAACAUCAAUCAUCUUGGGCUAAUAACAGAUUGCAGACUGGCUCGACAUCGAACACUAAAUGGUUAGAUUGCAGUACUCUACAGAAGCCUGUAGCUGAAAGUGUGCAAUUCUUUGGAAAUGUUGCCCACUCUCCUAAUUUGCAAGUGGGUGCAAAGAGCAUUUCAGGUCACCAACAAGGCAUAGCUGUCCACGCUAUGCGUGUACAGCCACACAAUAAGCCAAAUGGUUGGAACUUCAUUGAUUCUUCACCACAUAGUUGUAAUGCUAUAUCAAAGAGUCGGGAUAUUGAUUGUGCAUUGCAACAUUCUCAGAAUAGUGAUCAUAUAGGUGCCCUGCAUGAGGACAAAGGUCAUGGUUCUGCUCUUGAUCAUUCCGUUCCUAAUGCAAAUAUUGAGCAGGGAAAUUUCAGUUCCGGCUUGAGAAGCCCACAGGCGAAUAAGGAAGGUUCUGACUUGGACAAUGUUGCUGCAGCAACAGAUUCAAGAACCACGAGGGUCACUGAAAGCAGCCAGCAACUUCCAAACAAUCGUAAUUUUAAUCUCAAGAGAAGUACUGAUUCUAAAUUAAACUCUGUACAAAGCAAGGUUCAAGAAAAAUAUCGGCAAAAUCAGGAUAAAAACCAUCAAGAUUUUGAUUCAUCUGAAAAUGAUUGCUUGGACAAGGGAGCGAAUGAAGCAAAUAUGUUGGAGGAUCACAGUGUCAAAGAAACAUGCAAUGACAGUUUUCACCCAAACACAUUCCACCAUUCUUCUACCAGUGGCAUGAGAGACAAUGGCUGGAUGGAUGUAAAUGAUUCACGUGGAGGAAAACAGAAGUCAUCUGUUCGCAUUAGUCAUAAGCUUUUUGGAAUCCGAAAAUUUCAGUAUCAUCCUAUGGGGGAUCUGGAUAUGGAGGCUGAACCUUCAUAUGGACCUAAAAGUGUUGCACAUUCACAGGCAAUAUCCCAACAUGUUUCACAAGGAUUGAAGGGGCAUGACCAAGGAUACUUUGGGCAGUCAAAAUUUACUGGUCAUGCUUUUAGAGAGUCUUUAGAAACUGAGAAGGGGUGUUUUCCUAGCAUUCAACUAGACGAGGUACCUUCAAAAAGCUCAAACCAGGGAUCUACUUCUGACAGAUCGUUUGUUGGUUCUGUGCCAAACAAGACAGCUCCAAUGAGUCAAAACAUGCUGGAGCUUCUUCCUAAGUUUGAUCAGCCAAGAGAACAUGAUACUGCAACACACUUAAGCUCGUCCAAAUGCAAUCUAUCAUCUGAAAUGCCUGAUACAGAAACUUCUGAUGGAUCUGUAGGCCAGACUCAGCAUAACAGGCCUUCUAGUUCCCAAGGUUUUGGCUUACAAUUAGGUCUUCCAUCUCAAAGGUUUAUCAUUCCUUAUCGUGCAAUCUCAUCUCAGAGUUCUCCCCAUGUAGUUAAUUCUCUAAAUUCAGUUCACGACUCUUCUGGGGUAGGAAGGAAGGACCAUGCAUGGUUGGAUCCAAAAACUUCUGUUCAGUCCCCAUCUCAUGGACCAUCCUCUGGAGACAUUAGGAAUAAUGUUUCAAGUGUUUCUGGUCAAAUCAGUAAUAAGUCUUCACCGCAUAAUAUCCAGGGAAACUUUUCUACCGGUUUUACCUCUGAUUACCAUUUAAAAAGUCAUCUUCAAAGCCAGCAUGCUACUAAUGUGGGUAGUCAGGCAACACCAAGUGAAACUAUGGAUGCACCUUUUGGUGGGUUGGCAUCUCUUGCCAAGCAGACUGAUGACUCUUCUGAGAGAGCUCAAACUAGUCAAUUGCGAAGGAAACCAGCACCCCGCAUACCUAAAUCUGCUGCGGAUAACAAUCUUGCUUCUUCAGAGACUUCUCGGCCCACUAGCAACCAAAUCCAUGCAAGGGAUCCAGGCCAGCAGUUUCCAGUUUUGGAGGCUCUGCCAGCUUCACAACCAUCUGGUACAUCUGAAUCUCCAAAGCCAGGUGCUUUUACCAAAAUGCCUGAUGUGUGGACCAGUGUUUCAGCCCCACAACAUUUACUAGGAGGAAAGUCGUCUUGGGACUCCCAAAAUUUGUUUAAGUUCCAUCAUCAAUCAAAUAUUAACUCUGAAACAACUCCUCCUGGAACAAAGAAGCUGGACAAUCAAAUUGCCGAGGCAGGAGGUUGUGGUCAAUCUGAGUUGCCUGCUGGCUCUGCUAAACCACAGAGCUUUGUUGGAGAGGAGCAACCAGCAAAAGAUCAGCAGUUAUUGGCAGAUAAUGGUGCCAGCCCAAAUCAUGCAGCUAUGCUCCGAGACAUUGAUGCUCUUGGAAACUCUUUGAGACCAAAUAAUACAGCACAUCAGGACCAUUCCUUGUUGCAUCAGGUGCCGUCCAUGAAAGAUAUAGAGAUUGAACCAAGUGAUAGGAGCGUCAAAAGAUUUAAAGGCCCAAGUCUGGACUCCGCUUUGGAUACUCAGCAGAAUGGUUCCCAACAUUUCUCUUGUGCUAAUAAUUCAGCUGCUCAUCUCAAGGGUGGACACUCUCAAAUAAGUCCCCAGAUGGCUCCAUCCUGGUAUGAUCGGUAUGGCACAUUUAAAAAUGAGCAAAUGUCCUCUCUAUAUGAUGCUCGGAAAAUUGCCAUGGUGAAGGCUGCAGAAAAAGCAUUUAUUGUUGGUAUGCCUUCUGACAGUUCGCAUCCUCUUCAUUCAAGUGAGCAGGUUAUUGCCGCUGCUGAUCCUGGUCAGCUUGAUAGUGCCUGUAAAAACUCAGAGCCAAUAUUGACUGAGCAUACCUCCUCUCAGUCGUUGCCUCCUGAUAUCACAAAUCAGGAUUUGGUGGUUGUGAAAGCAAGAAAGCGUAAAAGUAUGGGAUUUGAGCUUCUACCAUGGUACAGAGAAGUGACACAAGUUUCUCAAAGAUCUCAGAACAUCAGUGUGGGAGAGGUGGAAUGGGCACAUGCAGCAAAUCGAUUGAUUGAGAAGGUUGAAGAUGAACCUGAAACGAUUGAAGAUUGGCCACCAGUGGUUAGAUCAAAAAGACGGCUCAUCUUGACAAGGCAGCUUAUGCAGCAACUACUUCAUGCUCCUCCAAGAGCAUUUCUUUCUGCAGAUGCUAGCAAAAACUAUGAGACUGUGACCUAUUUUGUUGCCAGAUCAGUCUUAGGAGAUGCAUGCAGCAUAGCAUGUACACUGGAAAGUGAUACUGCUAUUCGUCCUGACAGUGAAAGCACCCUCUUGGAAAAGCUUAAGGAGAGAAACCAGUCCACCUUAAAGGCAGCAGAAGAUUUUAUCAUCAGAGCAAAGAAACUUGAAAAUGAUUUACAGAGUCUGGACAAGAGGGCCUCAAUCUUGGACCUAAGAUUGGAAUGUCAGGAUCUAGAGAAGAUUUCUGUCAUCAAUCGUUUCGCCAGGUUCCAUGCCCGGGGGCAAGCUGACGGGACUGAAACCUCAUCGUCCUCCGAUAAUUAUCACAAAUUCUUCACCCAGAGAUAUGUAAUCGCUCUACCUAUGCCCCGUAAUCUCCCUGACAGAGUACAAUGCCUUUCCCUUUGAUAAUUACUUGAGAAGAUUUUUCCAUCUUUUUUUUGGCCAAUUAUCUUCUCCUCCCUCACGCAUCUCUGCUCCAAGUUCAAAAGCAAUGGAGGCCCUUAGAUCUUUCCAUUAGAGGCCAUUGAAGUCGAUUUGCGGAGAUAUAUAUAAGUUUUAUCAUUGAAUA